CAUAUACACAAAGAAGCAAAGGAAAGAAGCCAGCGCAAAGAAGCAAUCGAAAAGCACGUCACACCGACUUGUCGCAUUUAGAGGACACGAAACCCACUCUCCUCUCAUUCUACUAUUGCACUCUUCUUGUGUUUUCUUUUUAUCCAAUAAAGUUUUUCGGAAUUUAUCGGGCUCAUAGAACACUUCACCAACAACAAGUUUCUACACCGAUACAAACAGUCAAAUUUUCAGUCUCUGUUGAUUCAGGUUAACUUUUUAUUAACUGAAUCAACUUAGUUGAUGUGCAUUUGUCUUUGUCAUGAUAUUAAUUCUUCUGUUUUCGAAAGAAAAGAAACUUGGUAAUUGGAACUUGGAACUGUUCUAUCACGUGCAAGGUUUUUAGGCUUUAAGGAAGACAAAAAAACGCUACAUUGUUUUUUUGUUUCUUUUCAUUUCCUGUUAUUUUCACGAUGAGUUUCAUGAACGGUUCAUCACCUCACCGGAAUCCUCCACCGCCGCCGGAGAAUGAUAUUGAAGCUGGUCCGUUGUCUCGCCGGAAUUCUGAUGUUGAUGACGACGGUGAUGUCUUUGAUAUUGCUAGAACUAAGCAUGCUUCCAUUGAUCGACUUCGCCGCUGGAGACAAGCGGCGCUUGUGCUAAAUGCUUCCCGUCGAUUUCGUUAUACCUUGGACUUGAAGAAGGAAGAAGAGAAAAAACAAAUACUGAGAAAGAUUAGAGCGCAUGCUCAAGCCAUCAGAGCAGCAUAUCUUUUCAAGGCAGCUGGACGGGGACAAGGGCACGGACAAGUGCAAGGGCAAGUUACUGGGACUGACACUAUUAAACCUCCUCCAACCUCUACUGGUGAAUUUCCAAUUGGGCCAGAACAACUUGCUUCGAUUUCAAGGGAGCAUGAUACUGCUUCUCUGCAGCAAUAUGGAGGGGUUGCAGGGGUAUCAAAUUUAUUGAAAACCGAUUUAGAGAAGGGAAUUAAUGGUGAUGAUGCCGACUUACUAAGACGGAGGAAUGCGUUUGGUUCCAACAAUUACCCUCGAAAGAAAGGAAGAAGUUUUUUUAUGUUUAUGUGGGAUGCUUGCAAGGAUCUGACCUUGGUUAUUUUAAUGGUAGCGGCAGCAGCUUCAUUGGCACUGGGGAUCAAAUCUGAGGGUAUUAAGGAAGGGUGGUAUGAUGGGGGAAGUAUUGCUUUUGCGGUUAUUCUUGUCAUCGUCGUUACUGCUGUAAGCGACUACAAGCAGUCUCUUCAGUUUCGAGACCUAAAUGAAGAAAAGAGAAAUAUACACCUGGAGGUUAUUAGAGGUGGUAGAAGGGUUGAGAUCUCCAUAUAUGAUCUUGUUGUUGGGGAUGUUAUACCUCUUAAUAUUGGUAACCAGGUCCCUGCUGAUGGAGUUGUGAUUACUGGGCACUCUCUUUCGAUUGACGAGUCCAGCAUGACAGGGGAGAGCAAAAUUGUCCAUAAGGAUUCUAAGGAUCCCUUUAUGAUGUCUGGCUGUAAGGUGGCAGAUGGCAGUGGGACUAUGCUGGUCACGGGCGUGGGAAUUAAUACUGAAUGGGGCCUUCUAAUGGCUAGCAUUUCAGAAGAUACUGGUGAAGAAACACCUUUGCAGGUCCGCUUGAAUGGCGUAGCCACCUUUAUUGGUAUCGUUGGACUCAGUGUUGCUGUCCUUGUCCUGAUUGUGCUACUGGCCAGAUAUUUCUCUGGGCAUACAAGGAAUUCUGACGGGACAAAACAAUUUAUAGCAGGCAAGACUAAAGCUGGGCAUGCUAUUGAUGGAGCAAUUAAGAUAAUAACUGUUGCGGUCACCAUUGUAGUUGUUGCAGUGCCUGAGGGGCUCCCACUUGCAGUCACUCUAACACUGGCCUACUCAAUGCGAAAGAUGAUGGCGGAUAAAGCUUUGGUGAGGAGGCUUUCUGCCUGUGAGACAAUGGGCUCUGCUACAACCAUAUGUAGUGACAAGACUGGCACAUUAACGAUGAACCAGAUGACUGUGGUUGAGGUUUAUGCCGGGGGCAGCAAGGUUGAUCCUCCUCACGAGUUGGAGAGAUCUCCUAAGCUACGCACUCUACUCAUUGAAGGUGUUGCACAGAACACUAAUGGCAGCGUUUAUGUGCCUGAGGGUGCCAAUGACAUCGAGGUUUCAGGAUCACCAACAGAAAAGGCUAUUUUAAAUUGGGGCCUACAGGUUGGGAUGAAUUUUGUGACUGCUCGGUCAGAAUCGUCAAUUCUUCAUGUCUUUCCAUUCAACUCUGAGAAAAAGAGAGGCGGAGUUGCAAUACAGACGGCUGACUCUGAUGUUCAUAUACAUUGGAAAGGUGCUGCUGAAAUUGUUCUAGCCUGCUGUACAGGUUAUAUUGAUGCAAAUGAUCAGUUGGUGGAGAUUGAUGAGGAGAAGAUGACUUUUUUCAAGAAAGCUAUCGAAGAUAUGGCUUCUGAUAGUCUACGUUGUGUUGCCAUUGCGUAUAGACCAUACGAGAAGGAGAAAGUCCCAGAUAAUGAGGAACAACUUGCUGACUGGUCUUUGCCAGAAGAGGAACUUGUUUUACUAGCUAUUGUUGGUAUCAAGGAUCCUUGUCGACCUGGUGUCAAAAAUUCAGUACAGCUUUGCCAAAAAGCCGGGGUUAAGGUCAAGAUGGUCACUGGCGACAAUGUCAAAACUGCAAAAGCUAUUGCUCUGGAAUGUGGAAUACUGAGUUCACUUGCUGAUGUUACCGAGAGAAGUGUCAUUGAAGGAAAAACAUUCCGAGCCUUGUCAGAUUCCGAGAGAGAAGAGAUUGCGGAAUCGAUAUCGGUUAUGGGAAGGUCAUCUCCCAAUGAUAAACUGUUGUUGGUGCAAGCCUUAAGGAGGAAGGGCCAUGUUGUAGCUGUAACAGGGGAUGGCACAAAUGACGCCCCUGCACUUCAUGAGGCGGAUAUUGGUCUUGCAAUGGGUAUUGCUGGUACAGAAGUGGCGAAAGAGAGUUCGGAUAUCAUUAUCUUGGAUGACAACUUUGCUUCAGUUGUGAAGGUUGUCAGAUGGGGUCGGUCUGUUUAUGCGAAUAUUCAGAAAUUUAUCCAGUUUCAGUUGACAGUCAAUGUGGCGGCUCUUGUUAUAAAUGUGGUUGCUGCAGUUUCCUCUGGUGAUGUUCCACUGAACGCAGUGCAGCUUCUUUGGGUGAAUCUUAUCAUGGAUACUCUAGGAGCACUAGCUUUGGCAACUGAACCGCCAACUGACCACCUGAUGGACCGGUCUCCCGUGGGUCGAAGGGAACCUCUCAUAACAAAUAUUAUGUGGAGGAAUUUGCUGAUACAGGCAAUGUAUCAAGUUUCUGUCUUGCUUGUUCUCAAUUUCAGAGGUAUAAGCAUAUUGGGUCUGGAGCAUCAACCUACUGAACAUGCAAUCAAAGUAAAAAACACUUUGAUCUUCAAUGCAUUUGUUAUCUGUCAAAUCUUCAAUGAAUUUAAUGCGCGCAAGCCAGAUGAAUACAACAUUUUCAAAGGAGUUACUAGAAACUACCUCUUCAUGGGGAUAGUGGGAUUCACUGUCGUACUUCAGGUUAUCAUAGUUGAAUUUCUUGGGAAGUUCACUACAACCACCAGGCUUAAUUGGAAGCAGUGGCUUAUUUCUGUCGCUAUUGGAUUCAUUGGUUGGCCUCUUGCUGUGGUUGGGAAGUUGAUACCAGUACCAGCUACUCCCAUCAACAAUGUUUUCACUAAGCUUAAGCUUCGACGACAUAGGCAACCUGAGCCUUCUCAAUAGGGCUUGUUAUUCGUACAUAGGCAACCUGAGGCUUCUCAAUAGGCAUUGUGCUGCUGAAUUCAUAUCUCUUCUUCUCACUGAUGGAUUGUAAAGGGAAAUAGUUUACUACUACAAAAUACGUUUCUUUUGCUACUAGCCAACAAUUAACAUGCUAAUUUCAGGAGAAAUUUGGAUUGUUUUACACCUAGGCUCUAACAAACAUACGGAAAUUCAGCUAGUUUUGGUUUUUGUUGAUUGUGUAUUUGUUUGAAAUCAAUACUUUCACGAGUUUGGGUUCUGCUUGUUGAUACGGAAUCAGUAGAUAUUGGAUAUCACUUCAAAAUCGGUUUCUUGUUGAUUAUAUGUUUGGAUUUUGAUUGCUCCUGCUAUCCUUGAUUGUAAGGUUUUGUCUUCUUUUGUCGUUGAUUGAAUUGUUCAGUUUAUUAGUGGAAUCUGUAAUGAAGCUGUGAUGCUGUUCACGUUUUUGUUCAGGCUGCACUAACUAACUAUUUGGGAUUGACCCUUACUCUCUGUUGGUUUGCUAGCUUGAUAGAGAUGUCGAUUUAAGGAAAAAUGUAUAUGUAUAUUAUUUUGACCAAUUGCUUUCAAAGUAAA